AUGGCUGAAACUAUGAUACCAUCUCGUCAGUACUGUUAUGAACCUGAGAUUUUGUAUGAGUAUCAAUGGGCUAGUGGUAUGUACAUUUCAGCAAUCAAAAUUGCUGGUGCCUUGAACUUGCCAACAACAUACGAGAUCAACGCAUUAAGGUAUAAUAACACGGAGACUCGGAGAAUUAUUACCAUGUGGUCUGGCUUCAGAAAAGAUCGAAAGUUGAAAUUUCCUGCACUCUGGCAAUACGCUCACGAAGAUAAUCUUGGGUAUGCCACAACAGCUCCUGCGCCCCCACAAGUCGGUAUACAGAAUGUAACUCCCGAGGUCUUCAUCUUUGCGUCGGCAAACUGGUGUAUAACUCAGCUCAUACGUUUGGUCCCGACGCUAUUUCCCCGCUGCAAUCUCGACACGACUCCCCCGGAGCUUGAUGCAUACGAAUUUUUUCAUGCGUUCGCUAUUCUUCGCUGGGGGUCUCAGGCCAUAAGGGUGCAAACUAGCACACAAGCUGCACUUCCGGUGAGGUGGCACCGCGAACCUAGUACUGGCAGACUUGGUAUUCCAUCCCCCAUAUUCCCCAUCGAAAUUGAAGAGCCAGCAACAGCAUCGGGCUCCGCAAACGCAUAUGUUCCCAGGUAUGCACUUCCAGCCGCUUUGGGGGACGACGAUAUCGGUCCACCUAAACAAGGAGCUAUCAGGGAUUAUACCGGCGCUCGUGAGAUAUUGUAUCAAUUUGCUAGCAAACUAUGCGAGCAAUUACAGCAAGUCCAACUCUCAGUCGAGUCUGAUGAACCUGAGAAAGAUGAGAACGGUAGUACCCAGUUCGCUGGUAUCGAUGGGCUGGUCGAACUAUAUACUCAGACACUUGAACGGAGCUGCAUGGGUGGCCUCGCAGCCAAUAAUCGGGCUUUUGGCCAACUUGCAAGCCACUGUGCUCAGAUGGGGAGCCAGAGCGCUAGUGAGACCGGCCGUCGAGAAGAAGUUGGCCCUGUCGGAAACACUGGCCCCGGAUUAAAGUGCUCCGGCAAACGUUUCCAGGCCGCUCCAAAGACGCAAAUCAGCCGGCGGAAUACUGGUGUUUCCAAAAGCACGACUCGAUCAUCAAGAGGUCACAACACAAGAUCGAAGGAACGUGUCCAGGCGAUAUUCAAUUCGGAAUUAGCAGGUACAUUGAACUCGACAGAUCAGUUAGACGUAGUCAAUUGGGAAUUGGCCGGCACAUCGAACUUGGAUCAGUUGGAUGCAGUCAACUCGAACACCGUAAUCGAGUUAGAUUCGGUAAUCGAAGUUGAUUUAACAGAAGACUGA